CCCUCUACAGGGACGUCAUGCAGGAGAACUACGAGACAGUGACCUCGCUGGGAUUCCCCCUUCCCAAACCUGAGCUGAUUGUCCGGCUAGAACGAGGGGAAGAGCCAUGGGUGCCCGAUCUCCGGCCCUGGAAGGAAAGAAGGCUUCCGAGAUGCACCCAUACAGCAGGUGCUGAGCGAGGGAGUGAGAAUGAGGAGGGGAAUCAUCAUGAGGAAUUUCCCGGGAAAGUGGAACCGAAUGGGACCUUUGUGGGAAGAGGUGAAGGGAAUUUUUCCCAGUGCUUCGAACUUGAAGAGUCCUGGGGAAAUUGGCACAGGUCAGAGAGGCUCCUGGGAAACCACCCAGGGAAGAAAGUGGAUGAAUCUAUUCAUGGUGGGGGAGGAGAGGAGGAUCUCAGAGCGCAGCAGACAAAUCCCAAGGAAGACACACCCUGGCACUACCUUCAGUGUGGGAAAGGAUUCAUUGUGAGAUCACAGCUUGUGACAAAUCAGACAAUCCAUACUGGAGAGAAACCCCUUCAGUGCUUGGACCAUGGAGAAAGCUUUAAUAAGCUCUCAGAUCUUAAUAACCACGGGAGAAGCCACAGUGGAGAAAAACCCUCUCAAUCCCUCGAGUGCGGGAAAUGUUUCAUUUCGAAGACACAAAUAAUUAGACAUGAGUUAAGCCACACAGGGGAGAGACCCCACAAGUGCUUGGUUUGUGGGAAAAAUUUCAUACAGAGGUCACACCUAGUUCGUCAUCAGGCAAUCCACACAGGAGAGAGAACCCCCAAGUGUUUGGACUUAAGGGAAAGUUUCAUACAAAGGUCAGACCUUGUUAAACAUCAGGCAUUACAUACAAGGGAGAGACCCCACAAGUGCUUGGACUGUGGGAAAAGUUUCAUAAGAAAGUCAAACCUUGUUCAACAUCAGUCAAUCCACACAGGAGAGAGACCCCACAAGUGCUUGGACUGUGGGAAAGGUUACAUACAAAGGUCAGACCUUGUUAAGCAUCAGGUAAUGCACACAGGAGAGAGACCCCACAAGUGCUUGGAGUGUGGGAAAAGUUUCAUAAGGAGGUCAAACCUUGUUCAACAUCAGAGAAUCCACACAGGAGAGAGACCCCACAAGUGCUUGGACUGUGGGAAAUGUUUCAAAGAGAGGUCAAGCCUUGUUAAACAUCACCAGGCAAUCCACACAGGAGAGAGACCCCACAAGUGCUUGGAUUGUGGCAAAGGUUACAUACAAAGGUCAGAACUUGUUAAACAUCAGUCAAUCCACACAGGAGAGAGACCCCACAAGUGCUUGGAAUGUGGGAAAAGUUUCAUAAGAAGGUCACAGCUCGUUUAUCAUCAGGCAAUCCACACAGGAGAGAGACCCCACAAGUGCUUGGACUGUGGGAAAUAUUUCACAGAGAGGUCAAGCCUUGUUAAACAUCACCAGGCAAUCCACACAGGAGAGAGACCCCACAAGUGCUUGGAUUGUGGCAAAGGUUACGUACAAAGGUCAGAACUUGUUAAACAUCAGUCAAUCCACACAGGAGAGAGACCACACAAGUGCUUGGACUGUGGGAAAAGUUUCCUAAAAAAGUCAAACCUUGUUCAACAUCAGAGAAUCCACACAGGAGAGAGACCCCACAGGUGCUUGGUCUGUGGGAAAUGUUUCACAGAGAAGUCAAAGCUUGUUAAACAUCAGGCAGUCCACACAGGAGAGAGACCCCACAAGUGCUUGGACUGUGGGAAAGGUUACAUACAAAGGUCAAACCUUGUUCAACAUCAGAGAAUCCACACAGGAGAGAGACCCCACAAGUGCUUGGACUGUGGGAAAAGUUUCCUAAGCAGGUCAGACCUUGUUAAACAUCAGGCAAUCCACACAGGAGAGAGACCACACAAGUGCUUAGACUGUGGGAAAAGUUUCCUAAGAAAGUCAAACCUUGUUCAACAUCAGAGAAUCCACACAGGAGAGAGACCCCACAAGUGCUUGGUCUGUGGGAAAUGUUUCACAGAGAAGUCAAACCUUGUUAAACAUCAGGCAGUCCACACAGGAGAGAGACCCCACAAGUGCUUGGACUGUGGGAAAGGUUAUAUACAAAGGUCACACAUUAUUCAACAUCAGGCAAUCCACACAGGAGAGACUCCAGAGGUGCUUGGGCUCCGGGAAAAGUUUCAUAUGGAAGUCUGACCUCAUUAAACAUGGAAGAAUCCACACAGCAUCUGAACUUCUGUGACACAUGGCAAGAAAGGAUUUUGCAAGUUGCAUGUAAUUGAUUCGCUGUGGGUAUGGGCUGAAAGAUGGAGAGAAUGUUUAUAGGUGAAAUCACCAAAAUGUGUUUUGCCAGGGUAGUGUUAACUGGAUCUGUUCCGCUCUCCUGCUUGGACAUUUUCUGUGGGGAUUCCAGAGAUGGAAAGGAGCAGCUGUUACCAUCUUGGCUACCAAUCCCCAGGGUGACUCUCUACACUAGCAAUUCUCAAACUGUGGGCAGAGCCUCCCAAUAGAGGCACAGGAGUGUGUCAAGGGAUGCGUGAUCAGCGUAGGUUGUUUGUUUUUUAAAGAGCACUGGCUGUCGGCCCCAGGUGGCUGGGGCUCAUGAAGGAGGAACAGGCCCAUCUGGGAGGUGGGGAUAAAUGCUCAGGCUCUCAAACCCAGGUGGAGAAGCAGCACAGAAGUAGGGGUGUCAACGGGGUGAUAAGUCUGCUGUGAACAGUGAUAUUGAGGAAUAUCACUUUUCACGUGGCCACCCUCACUUCUGUGCUGCUAUUGGAGGACUUCAGAGCUGGGCACAUCGCCAGCACCACGUUUACAAAAUGAUUAAUCUUCUCCAAAGUAUGUCCUGUGAGGUGUCAUAGGGAAAGUCAUCACCUGCUGAAUAUUAUUGUCCCAUUAAAAUGUGUCUAUCCGCACUGUCCUUGCAGCUCGGAGAGUUUGCUGUAUGUUUGUUAUAUGCUGUAAAGCUGGAAAACACCCACAGAGGAGCUCCUCAUAGACAGCGGCACCUGCACACCAGCUGGGUGCUAAGUAGCCAGUAAUUGCUCAGCCGAUCCUUCACCAGCUCUGGAGCUGGGAACAAGAGAGUUACAAUUCACCAGAUGGACGGCUGGAUGCUGACUUAGGCCACAGACUGAUUGUCGCCUGCCCCCCGGCUGGGGGGUGAACCUCAAAGAACAGAGUGGUACAAAGGAACAAGGGGGAGUGGCCUCCAUUUUCACCUCUCCUCUACCUUCUCUACAGAAGGCAAGAAGAUGACUUGAAAGACAACAGGGGCCGUGGAUUGGAGAGGACGGACCAAGGCUGGAAGGAAAUGCAGCCUGGGUACUCAGAACUGUGAAGUGCCUGCAACAGCAGGUGGGGUGCAGAAAUCUCCUUGCUUCACAUUUUCCUUAAAUUGGUAAAAUGUAGGAUUUACAAUGCAUUUUAUAAUUUUGUAGUUUUAAUCGGUUCUGACCUUUGACAUCUUUCUCUUUCGUAAUCCCUGAAAACCUCCUUGCUCCAGUUACUAAAGUGGUUUUAGUGUUUUGUCUGGACCUUUCUGUUUUCAUUGAAGUGUUUUGGGGAUUUGACUGGAGAGAACAAGGCUGUGGCCUAAUCCGGCCCCUCUGUGGGGGUGACCCACUAAUGACUGAGUUUGUCCAUCCCAGUGACCAAACUGAGCUGUGCAAGAUGCACAUUCCUCGGGCGCAAGGCUGGGAGGAGAAAACUGGCUGAUGUUGCUGUGUCGUUUCAUAAGUUCCUGAGUGUCUGGCUAGUUGCACUCAGUACAGUGCAGCCAGGAGUGACUUUGAAGGCUGGUGGCUGUGUGUGAGCAGAGCGUGGAGGGGUUGUUUGUUCACACAGGGAAGCAGCAGGGUGGAUUUGAUUUAAAUUACUAGUCAGGAAGACUGGAUUUAAUCAUGGUUUUCUACAUAAAAAUGUAUUCUUGUUGGGUAUUAUAACUUUAGUACGUAUUCUUCAAAAUGCAGAGACAGAUGUAGGUUUCAU